UUUCGCCCCGGUAUAAAUGCGCCGCCCAUAGCAGCCCACAGUUUAGGGUUUACAAUUCACGUCCAUAGCUGCCACUGCUCCCCAAUCUUUGCGAUAGCUAAGCCGACAUCGCUCUCAUGGCGGACGACCUUCACUAUUCUUCUCGACCCGAUAACAAGCGAAAGUUCGGUAAUCCGGCGGAUGGAGUCGCCCCUUCGCUGCCCACGAGGAGGAUGUCAGGCUUCUCGGCACCGAUCGCCUCCUCGUCUCCUGACGGCGGUUCGGGCGGUGCUUCCCCCGCCCAACAAUCUUACAAUAGCGUUCCUCCGCCCCUCGAUGGAAUCGAGCUCGCCAAACAGCGGGCCCAGGAGAUCGCAGCGAGGCUGUUCAGUGACGCCGAGGCCAAGCGACCGAGGGUUGAGACAGCCGGAGGCACAGACGAUUUGAGGGACAGAGGCUUUGGCUCUGCUCCGAGUGAUUUUACACUAAAGCAUUCGAGCCAAACAGUAACUUCUCAAAUUGGCAUGACUUCUCAUCCAAUACCAACUUAUGGUUUUCAGAAUUCAAACAAAAAGAUUGAAAUUCCAAAUGGAAGGGUUGGUGUAAUUAUUGGAAAGAGUGGAGAAACUAUCAAAUAUCUUCAACUUCAAUCAGGGGCAAAGAUUCAAGUAACUAGAGAUAUGGAUGCCAAUCCUAAUUCACUGACUAGGUCAGUGGAAAUUGUGGGUACGUCUGAACAGAUUAGCAAAGCUGAACAGUUAAUUAAUGAUGUGCUUGCUGAGGCUGAUGCUGGGGCUUCUUCCACCAUUGCAUCUCAGAAAUUUGGUAGUGUUCAACCUGGUGCAGAACAAUUUCAGAUGAAGGUUCCAAACAACAAGGUUGGUCUUGUUAUUGGUAAAGGUGGUGAAACUAUAAAGAGUAUGCAAGCUAAAUCUGGUGCACGUAUCCAGGUGAUACCUCUCCAUCCACCUCCUGGUGAUACAUCAACUGAAAGAACAGUAUAUAUAGAUGGCACGCAGGAGCAGAUUGAAAUUGCAAAACAGUUGGUCAAUGAAAUUAUUAUUAGUGAGCCUCGUGGUAGAAAUCCAGCUACCUCUGGAGGAUAUCAGCAAGGUUACUAUGCACCCCGUCCUCCAACAAGCUGGGGUCCACCUAGUGCGCCACCCGCGCAGCAACCUGGUUAUGCUUACAUGCCUCCUGGAGCUUAUCCUGGUCCACCACCUCAGUAUAAUAUGCCUCAAUCAACUUAUGGAAGCUAUCCUCCAUCUGAAUGGGAUCAAACAUCCAAUCAAUCUACUCAGAAAACUGCACCAGGUUCUGGAUAUGAUUACUACAAUCAGCAAUCUCAACAGCAGCAACAGAGUGUUGGAGGAUCCUCUACUGACGGUACUGCAGGCUACAACUACGGGCAGCCACUUCCUAAUUACAAUAAUCAGGCUUCCUAUGGUACUGCCACUUACUCUCAGACGUCUGCUGGACAACAAGGUUAUGGGCAAGAUGGAUUUUCUAGUGGAUACAGCGCUCCUGCUUAUUCCGAGGCAGCGCCCAACCCACAGAGUGGGUAUGAUCAGCAGGCCUAUGCUUCCACUCUUAGCUAUGGCACAAUGGGCACCCAAUCUCAAGAUGGAUCUGCCUCUGCUUAUGGUGCUCAGGGUGGGUCAACUCAAGCAUCUGCAGUUCAACAACCUCCAUUGAGUCAACCACCAAAUACUACUACUGCUGGGUAUCAAGGAACUCUUGCAUCUGGAUAUGGCAUUCCUCCAACAUCACUGCAAAGAUAUGGGAACCAGCCCCCUCCCUCAACUGGAUAUGGUCAAAAGCCACCGCCUAGUUAUGAACAAUCUCCUCAAGUCCAGAAGCCACCUGCUCCUCAGUCAGUUCAUGGACAAGGUCAGCAAGCUCAAGCCCCUCCUGGUAGCUAUAUGCAAUCCACUGUUGUCCAGCCUGGAUAUGGUCAACCGCAACCCUAUGGUGUGCCAACUCAUAACCAACCAGGUUAUGUGCAGCAGCAGCAGCAGCCAUACAAUGUGCAGCCUCCUGCAUACUCUGGUGACAAUGGAAGUGAAACUGCAACUAAGGCAUCUGGAACCUGAUUGCCUGGUAAGUCAUAUACAUAGGAAUGAAAUCCAUGGUGCUCUGCUUUUGGUAUCUUAGAACCGCUAAUUCUUCCUCUCUAAAUGUGGUGCGACCAGGUUUUACAUGUAUUUGUGUAAUCUAAGGAUAUCAGACUCCUGGUAAGUUACCUUUUAAUGCUGCCUCAUUUUGGAUAUAGCUUUAAUGAACAUUAUUGCUUGUACUAACAGAGCUAAAACACACUGUGCACACUUUGUUAUCAAGUAACAAUUGCUUUUGUUUUCUA